CGUGCGGCAACGAAACACGGAACACACGGCACAAAAAGCGACAAAAACAUUUUGACAUGACGGCGGGGUUGAUUUUUCCAUCUUUUGUAUGAAUUCGGGAAAAGUGCGAAAACGCGAAAAUUAAAACUCAAAAACGUGUGCGUAUCUGUUCGCGCGAUUCGCUCAAAGCCGAGUGUAACAGUGAAAUCUCGAGUGUGAAUGUCGAAAUCGCUUGAAUCAGGGAAAGAAGUUAUGAACGAGUGUCGUGUUUAGGUUCUAAUUUAAAUGUUUCGCUGCAUUCUUCUGUUGGGACUUUUCCGUUCUUCGUGAUGUCUUCCAAAAGUGAAUUAAAAAAGUUAUCGGAGGAGAGCUUGUUGCAACCACCAGAGAAAGUAUUUGAUAUAAUUUGUAAAUUAGGUGAAGGAAGCUAUGGAUCUGUCUACAAAGCAUUACAUAAGGAGAGUAGUGCGGUGGUUGCCAUUAAAUUGGUCCCAGUCGAAUCCGAUUUACAUGAAAUCAUCAAGGAGAUAUCGAUAAUGCAACAAUGCGAUUCACCAUAUGUGGUGAGAUAUUAUGGAAGCUAUUUUAAACAGUAUGAUUUAUGGAUAUGUAUGGAGUAUUGUGGGGCUGGCAGUGUAUCGGACAUCAUGCGGCUAAGAAAGAAAACAUUGACUGAGGAGGAAAUUGCGACGAUAUUAAGUGACACUCUGAAAGGCCUAGAAUAUUUACAUUUACGAAGGAAAAUUCAUAGGGAUAUAAAAGCCGGAAAUAUUUUACUAAAUACAGAAGGUCAUGCCAAAUUGGCAGAUUUCGGAGUAGCUGGACAACUGACGGACACAAUGGCAAAAAGAAAUACGGUCAUAGGUACGCCGUUCUGGAUGGCCCCUGAAGUGAUCGAAGAAAUCGGUUAUGAUUGUGUUGCCGAUAUAUGGUCGCUGGGCAUUACAGCGCUUGAAAUGGCUGAAGGUAAACCUCCUUAUGGUGAUAUACAUCCAAUGAGAGCAAUCUUUAUGAUACCACAAAAGCCACCGCCAUCGUUCCGUGAACCGGAUCGGUGGAGUACUGAAUUUAUAGAUUUUGUAAGUUUGUGUUUAGUUAAAAAUCCUGAAGAACGUGCCACUGCAAGUGAUCUAUUGGAACAUGAGUUUAUAAAAAAUGCAAAACCACGAACUAUUUUAAGUCAAAUGAUUGCCGAAGCAUGUGAGAUACGUGACAGUCAACGAACACGAUCAUCGCUGGGUAUUAGUCAGGUGAAAAGCUUACAAACGCAACAGGAUGAGAUAGAGGAAGAGGAGCACCAUGUAAAUUCCGGAACAAUCAAAGAAUUCCCUGAAGACCCUGGCACACUGGUACCUGAGAAAUACGAGGAGCAAGAUGGGACUAUGAUUGCGCACACAGAUUGUGGCACACUGGUGCCCGAUAGCGGAACUAUGGUAGAGUUAGAAUCUAAUUUAGGAACUAUGGUGAUUAACAGUGAUUCGGAGGAUUCAACAAUGAAACAACAUGACACCAAUCCAGACAAACCAAAGUACCGACCACCAUUCUUGGAUCACUUUGACCGAAAGAAGCCUGAAACAGCGAUCAGUAGUCCGAAUGCUGCUCAAAACAUUACUAACGUAGUCGCUACCAAUGGUCAAGAGAAUUCCAUACCUCAAGAACCGAGAACUCCCACAGCACCCGUUCCGACUAAUGUCCAGAACAAUGCGGCAGCUGCGUCACGAUAUCAAUCUCAUCUCCAACUUCAGUUGAAUCAAAUCUCAGCGGCCAACCAAUUGGGUAUGCAACAAAUGUUCCAUCACGGCGGAAUGGGUAUAGACAAUUUACCUGGACGCCACCAGGAUAAUGGACAAAAAUUCAAUCACAGAAAUUUCGUUGACGGCGAAUUUGAAUUUUUAAAAUUCCUCAGUUUCGACGAUCUACAGCAAAGACUUAAAAAUAUCGACGCGGAAAUGGAGCGAGAAAUUCAAGAGCUUGAUCGAAAAUACAGUGCCAAGCGUCAGCCAAUACUUGAUGCCAUAGACGCGAAGCGUAAGCGACAGCAAAACAUUAAUAAUAAUCUCAUUAAAAUCUAGAUGAAAUUCAACCUAUUGAAUAUUAGCGGAAAGGAAAAACUGUUCAAAAGAGGAGAGAUGAGCUCCUGGCAUUUUUUCUCUAGGAAACAACUCAUACAGCCAAUUUUAUAUCGAUAUCUUUCGAUGAUGGAUGUAAACCUCUAAGUUUGUCCUAGAAUAAAAAUACACCCAGCCUUUAAAACUGCUAUCUGCUAUCGAAACGAAAAUCUCCGAAGACUUCAAAUAGUGCAUAAAUGUAAUUAGGAAACUACGUAAAAUUGUUGCUAGCCAUUUUUUGCUUUUAUUAGAGAUAGUAUUAGUUACGAUACUGUCCUGUUUCUUGGUAAGUCAUGCAAAUGGGAGUGUAUAUUUUUAUGAAUGAUGAAGCGGCGAAGAAUCGAUUUAAAAUUGAUCAGGCAAAUUGUUUACUAUUCGCAUAUUAGCCCAGAAAAACAAUCCAACUCAACUGAAAGCCAAGGGAUUAUCGGCGAAUUGGAAUCUCAAAACGCAACAAGUUAUCCGCCAACUGCACCAUUUGUAAUUAGUUUCUAUAUUUCCAUAUUCUAACUAUGACUGCUUCUGAAAUUCCUUAGAGGCGGUCACGGUUUUGAAUCGAUUCAUUUCGUGGACAUUCAUAUCCUUCUCAAUUGUGUAUAGAGACUAUCUUAAUUAAGCCCUAGUUUUUUUGUUAGUAUUAUUUGAUUAUGAUGAAAGGAAAGAUCAGAAAAAUGGUAAUAUUACAAGGGGAUGAGAUAAUGAAAGAUUUCUUUCGAAAGAGGAAAACCAGUAACCAAUUAUUAUUAUUGUUAAUUUUAGUUGAAAUUAAGUUAAAGCAAAAGAGAAAGCAAUUGUCGAUAUGAAGAAAAUAAUUACAUAGUUAUUUAAUAUCGAAA